GCAGCUGGAACGGUAUCACUUGCCAACUGUUAAACAACGUGCAUUGCUAAAGUGCACCAUUAUUUUAAUCACGACUCCUUGAAGUACAACAGCUGUCGCAAUACUACAGGUUGUCGAAUUCCACCUAUCAAUUCCUGGUGAUAUUGUUAGAAUGAACACCGACAUUUCGGCUCCAUCCGACAGCGGAUGUCAAAACACAGGUCUUGUGGAUCUAUGUGAAAAUACUAAAAACAGUGAGUCUGUUGCUGGCGAAAAGAAGCCCACACAAAAUGAGGUCACAGUAGAAGACGACCACAAGACAACUAGUAAAUCAGACAUACCAGUACCUCAGUGUACAUCACGUGAAGCUGUAACACAAAAGAAUGAAGCAUGGAGCUAUAAACGGGGAACCAUUGUUUCACCAAUGGUUGAAACCAGUAAAGAUAUUAUUUUCAUGAAAGAUGAUACAAUUGCUAAAAAGAAAUGUUGUACUAAACAGAAAUACCUACUUGAGAAAUGUGUGUUUUUGAUAUCGGUUACAAGUCUAGUACUUUGGGCAUAUGGACUGUUCAACUAUCAUUGGUUAUUGCCAUAUUAUUACACAGUGGUCUUGCCAUUACUAGUGGCCAUCAGAGUAUGGAUAUACUGGACUAAGAAAUGGCAAUGGUUUCUUUUAGAUUUCUGCUAUUUUGCAAAUGCUAUGACCAUGAUAUAUAUUUGGGUUAUACCAAAUCAUGAAUUCAUGUUUAUGUUAGUGUUCGCGCUGGCAAAUGGACCACUUAUAUGGGCCAUUCUUAUAUACCGCAACUCAUUGGUAUUUCACAGUUUGGACAAAAUGACUUCUGUUUUCAUUCAUUUGCUUCCUGCCUAUCUAUCAUUUGGUUUGCGAUGGUAUCCAGAAUCUAUAUCUCUUCAUUGGUACAGGCCAUUUGUAAUCGACCCACCACCACCAGAUUUCAUAUGGCUAGUGGUUGUACCACUCAGUUGUAUUGUGUUCCACGGUCUCGUGUAUCUUAUCCUAGUACAUCUUUUGAUAAAACCAUCAGAAGACUAUCUGGAUAGCUACAGGUAUUUUAUAUCUGAUCAGAAUAGUAUCUACUUCAAAGCAGUCAGUAUAUUUGGAAAAAAGUAA